AUAUCAACAGUAUAGAAAUCAAUUAUGCAAUUAAAAGAUGGUUUUCAUUGAUAAUGGCUAUACAAAUAUGUUAUAAUAGUAAAGAACGCAAUUUAUAUUUUGUGUCAGAUGAGGUGACACUUUGUGUGAGGUGAUACACUGGAAGGCAUUUAAGGCACAUAGAUCCUAGUAAAUGUGAGGUUAUAUUUUCACUGGAACAAGAUAAUUUAAGAUUAUCGAAACUACUGUCGUAAUUACACCAGCUUUAAGUAUACUAUUCAUGCAUCAUUGGCCAGUAGUAUAAAAAAAGUUCAUCAGCUACAGUCGAGUAGCUAUUUCUCAGCAGUCCAGUCCGACGAUCCUGCAUAUCGUCCCUGUCGAUAUUACUAAUUUGGAUUGUUUUCUUUUUUUACCUGGAAUGAUAUUGAAAGAAAAUGAUUUUCACUUACCAAACUAUGAUUUCGAGAAGCUUCUAAUAAUUUCUUCGUUCGUAGUUAUAUUCUUUGAUAUCUUAUUUGAUAAAAAAAUUCCACAUUCAUACAAAUAUGCGCAUGCUCACAUAUGUAUAAUUAUACGUAGGUAUAUUUAUGAGAUCGACGCUUUCAGCGAGAAAAGUAUAAGGACGUUCGAGAAACGAAAUGGAAAAGUACAUGGAUAGUAGGAUAACGACUGUAACAGUAUCAGCAAAGAUGAUUGUAGAGGGGUCUUAUAUGAAGUUCCUACGGGACUUACAACAGUCAGUCAGUCAGUCGGUCGGUUGAUCAGCCGGUCUUUCGUCCGUUCCUACGAUCUUUAAAAUUUCAUGAAAGAGUCGUAGGUGUAUCGAUGUUUUCGGUGAUUGAUCGAUAUUCUCGGAUUUCAUUAUUGAUUAAUAAGAGCAUAAAAGGACAGAACGAUCAUUUUUGUGAUUAGGAGCAAUGCGAAAGUCCAGAGGACUUUUCGCAAUCGUUUGCGGUCUUCUGUUGUCAUUUUCAGUAAACACUUGUGGAUGGUCGUUGAAUUUAUUCGGUUGGGGAACCAAACAAGCAGAGAUGCUUGAUUUAAAAAUACGUUCCAGGGUUCUCAACUUUUUUCCUAUCCCAGUAGAAGAAGAGUGUUUAUCUUCGGAUAAACGACGACGUGGGAUAUGCAUGAACACGUACCAUUGUCGUAUUCAAAACGGAAAAUCAUAUGGACCAUGUGCUCUUGGAUUUGGUGUUUGUUGCAUAUUUACGGCGAGUUGCGAUCAAGAGGUGCAAAAUAAUCUGACCUACGUGACCAGUCCUGGUUUCCCGAACCUCAUCGACCGACCCAUGAACUGCUCGGUAGUCGUCCGGAAGAUCGAUAGGCAGGUCAGCCAAUUGAGGAUUGACUUCAUACACUUCAACAUAGGUCAACCUAAUAGAAGAACUGGCAUCUGUGACGAAGAUAUUAUGGAAAUUAGGAAUGGUAAUAGGUCGUCUCUAAGAUUGUGUGGGUGGAAUAGCGGGCAGCACAUAUAUUUAGACGUAAACGAGGCCGACGAACCUGUGACCCUUGACUUUAAGCUACCGAAUGGACUUCAUUCGCGAAUGUGGGAAAUGAGAGUGAUCCAAUUGGGUUUCGAAGAUCGUGCACCGGCCGGGUGCCUUCAAUACUUUCGUUCACCUAAUGGCACCCUUAAAACUAUGAAUUAUCUACCAAAUGGGAGAUUUUUAGCUGAUCAGGACUAUUUAGUUUGUGUUCGUCAAGAAAAGGAAAUGUGUGGUAUUUCUUACACUCCUUGUUCGAAAGAUUCUUUUCGAAUAGGAGCUUCGAGAUCAGGACAAAUUGAAUCGAAUGCUACAACCACUGUUCCCAGAAGAAAACCUAAUAACAGUACCAACGGUAGUAAUAACGUUAACGGUAACUCUACUGACGCUGGACAAACGGAUUUUUUAAUGGAAGGAUCUGGAAGUGGUCCGGAUGGACAAGAGACUGUUACACCUUUAACUGUUAUAACUAGAAGAUGCAGAGACAAAGUUCUUAUACCUUGUGAUUUCGAGGAAUUUAUCACGCCCGGCAACAAUGGUGUCGGAAUUUGCAAUCUCGAACAUUGCGGAAAUUCGUUGUGCGAACGAGACGAGCUAGACACCGAUGGAAAUUGUCGUGUGGAGACUUGGGCAACGCCCUUUCGUAUAAGGGUUGCGUUUGGUCCUGGAGAGGAUACAGGGACAACACUGGAGGAUAAUGUUGGCAUGUGUCUUAUGUAUGAACAGCUACGAUGUGUACCUUAAACGUUUCAAUGGUGUGAUCUUGUGUAGCGUUAAAUUGCGAGAGCAGAAAGGAGGAACGUCUUGAUGAAUGAAAUUGAAAGAGGAGAAAAGGGAUUACACUUGAAGGAAUUGAAGAGGAAGAUACAUAUUUGUAUAUUAGACAAGUGUGUCAAAGAGUCAAAUAGUUUUUAUUUACAAACAAACUAGCUUAAAUCGUAAACGCAGCGCACAACUCUCGGUACAAUAAUAGAUAUAUAUAUAUAUAU